AUGGUGAAUGAUGUCCCUUGUAUCAAAAACUUGUAUUCGGAUCCAUGGAACAGUGGCUUUGAUGACUUGCGAAUCUGCACGAGAAUUACCGAAUCGUGUGGAAUAGCAUGUAGUUCUGAAUAUAUAGCAACACCUUGGCAAGUUCAAGGGGGAGGAGUAAUAGGAGUUAUAAAAUUAGAAAAUAUGUACAGAAAUCCACCUGUAUAUAAAUUAAAAGGGCAUACAUCUAACAUAUUAGAUAUUCAGUUUAAUCCAUGCUAUAGCGAAGUUAUUGCAUCUAGCUCAGAAGACAUGUCUAUAAGAAUUUGGGAGGUAUGUAAUAAAGAAGAUAAAUCAGAAGAAAUAAAAAAUUCUUUAUGUAUAUUAAAAGGACAUAAAAAAAAAGUAACAAUAAUUGAUUGGAAUCCACUAAGUUAUUAUAUUUUAUGUUCAUCUAGUUUUGAUUCAACUGUAAAUAUAUGGGAUAUUGAAAAUGAAAAAAAAGCAUUUAGUAUAAAUAUGCCUCAAAAAUUAACAUCAUUAAAAUGGAAUAGUAGUGGUGCAUUAUUAAGUGCAACCUGUUUAAAUAAAAAACUUCAUAUAAUAGAUCCACGUCAAGAAAAAAUAUGUACAACUUUUAAUGCUCAUAGUGGAAGUAAAUGUGCAAAAAAUAUAUGGAUAGAUGGAUAUAGUGGAAAUGAGAAUUAUAUAUUAAGUACUGGUUUUUCUAAAAAUUAUAUGAGAGAAAUGAAAUUAUGGGAUCUUAAAAAUAUAUCAGAUCCUCUAUGUACAAUUUCUAUAGACAAUGCAUCUGCUCCUUUAUUACCACAUUAUGACGAAAGUAUAGGAAUUAUAUAUAUAAUUGGUAAAGGGGAUGGGAAUUGUAGAUAUUAUCAAAAUUCUGAAGGUGUUUUAAGAAAAAUAAAUGAAUAUAAAUCAUGUUUACCAUUUAAAUCGUUUGGAUUUUUACCAAAACAAGUAUGUAAUAUAUAUAAAUGUGAAAUAGGUAGAAUAUAUAAAAAUGAAAAUGAUAAAAGCAUUAAACCUAUAUCAUUUUAUGUACCACGAAAAAAUCCAAAUAUAUUUCAGGAAGAUUUAUAUCCCCCUAUAAUUAUGCAUGAUCCUAAUUAUAGUUCUAAAAGUUGGAUAAAUGGUAAUAAUUUAGAAAUUAAGAGAAUAUAUAUUAAAGAAUUAACAGAUGAUAAUAUAAAAAUAAAAAAAAAAUUUAAGAGUGUACCAAAAUCUAUGGAUAGUAUACUUAUUGGAGAUCCUUGUUUAGAUAAAAAAAGUUUUAUUAUUAGACAGUUUACUAAAAGAUUUACAUUUUUUAAAAAAAAUAAUAACAUUGAAUUUAAUAAUAAUAGUUCUGAGUCAUUUAAUAUUAAUGAUUCUGAUAAAAAUGAAGGAAAUAAAAAAACAAAAAUUUCUAUUGAAGAUAAAGAUAAUGAUGAAAAUAAAAAUAGUGUAAUUAGUGAUAAAGUGAAAGAGGAAUAUAUUCAAACUGAAACAUCUGAAUUUAAUAAAAUUGAAUAUAAUACUAAUUCAAAUAAAUGUUUAGGCACUAUAACAUGUAAAAAAUUAUUUGCGAAAACUAAUUAA